CCCAAUUUCUAGGGUUUCAUUCUCGCAAAUUCCAAUCCAUUCCUUCCUUCAGAAAGGUAACAAUUCUACCCCCUGGCUUGCUGCUAUUCUCGUAGGAUUAAGGAUUUUCAAUUUUCCCAAGAAUUCACAAUGGCGGUCAGAUUCUGGAUUUGUGUCUAUUUGCCCUAAUUUCGUGAUUUCGUAUCUGUGAAAUUGUAAAACUUGUGAGAGAAUGGAAAGGGGGAAAAUGACUUCAGACCAGGUCGUUGCUGAAUUGAUUGGCAUGGGUUUCGAGUUUGACGAUGUAAAAGAAGCCAUUAAGGCCGUAGGUCCAUCUUUGGAUGACGCAGUUGAGUUUAUCUUAAAUGGUUGUUGUAGAAAGAGUAGAAAUGUAUUGGGUAGUUCUACAAGUUCUCUGGGUGGCAGCACAAGCAGCAAGAAAUCUGCUGGUAAAAUGCGGCAGUUAAGCAUCAUUGAGCACUUACAAUGUGGACGUAAACCUAAUAAAAGUAGCAAGUUCACCAAUGAACCUCACUUAGUCAUGCCUAGCUCAGAGAGAUUGCUUGGGACUGCAUUAGGAUCGAAAGAAUCUCUUCCAGAGACUUCGAAUGCAAUAAUACCAUGUUACAAAGAUGAAGAUGACAUUGGUCGGUCAGAUUGGGAAAUGGAAGUUAAAAAUAUACUAAACAAGCAUUUUGGUCAUUCAUUUUUGAAGCCUUUUCAGAAGGAAGCUCUGGCAGCUUGGAUAGCUCAUAAAGACUCGCUUGUUCUUGCAGCAACAGGAUCAGGGAAGUCUUUGUGUUUUCAGAUCCCGGCGUUAUUAACAGGGAAGGUGGUGGUUGUUAUUUCACCACUAAUAAGCUUGAUGCAUGAUCAAUGCUUGAUGCUUGCAAAACAUGGUGUGUCGGCUUGCUUCCUUGGAUCUGGUCAAAUUGAUAAGAGUGUUGAAGAGAAAGCAAUGAAUGGCAUAUAUGGAAUUAUCUAUGUCUGCCCAGAGACAGUACUGAGACUAAUAGGAUCACUUCAGAGGCUUGCAGAAAGCCGUGGAAUUGCACUGUUUGCAAUUGAUGAAGUGCAUUGUGUUUCUAAAUGGGGACAUGAUUUUCGACCUGACUACAGGCGAUUGUCCAUACUUAGAGAGAGCUUCAGUACUGAGAAUCUCAAAUUCCUAAAGUUUGACAUACCGCUUAUGGCAUUGACUGCUACUGCAACUAUUCGUGUUCGAGAUGACAUUCUCAAGUCACUUUGCAUGUCAAUGGAUUCAAAGAUCAUAGUCACUUCAUUUUUCAGGCCGAAUCUUCGUUUUUCAGUGAAGCACAGUAGAACAUCUUCUUUAUCUUCCUAUGAGAAAGAUUUUCAUGAGUUGAUAGAGAUCUACACAAGAAAGAAGAAAUUUGGCAAAGCACAUCAAUUAAUGUCGAAAAAUCUGGAGCAUGCACCUGACAACAUGAGCAGAACAGCAACUUGCGACAUGUUUGAACCAGACACAAUAGAUGAUGAUGAUGCCUUUUCUGAAAGUGAUAGUGAAGUAGGCAUGUCAAAUGAGUGUAGAUCUGCAAGUUCAAAGGACAAGAAGUUGUCUGUUGAAUACCUAGAAGAUGAGUGUGAUGUUUUUCAGGAUACAGAUGAUUUAGAUGUUUCUUGUGGUGAAUUCUCUGGACAAUCAACUGCCAAGAUUUUAAAUGAAUCAGAUUCAACUGAUGCAUAUGAUCUACAGAGCAGAUCGGAAGAGAGACUGAAACUUCAACUAGGACCACUAGAGGAAGGACCAACUAUCAUAUAUGUCCCUACCAGAAAAGAAACUUUAAGUUUAGCCAAGUUUCUAUCCAGAUUUGGUGUCAAAUCUGCCGCAUAUAAUGCAAAGUUGCCCAAAGCACAUCUAAGGCAAGUGCAUAAGGAAUUUCACGACAACAUCUUACAGGUGGUGGUUGCAACAAUUGCUUUUGGGAUGGGUAUUAACAAGUUGAAUGUUCGAAGAAUUAUUCAUUAUGGAUGGCCACAGAGCUUAGAAGCAUACUAUCAGGAAGCAGGUCGAGCGGGGCGGGAUGGAAAAUUGGCAGAUUGUGCAGUUCUAUAUGCUAAUCUGACAAGAAUACCUACACUUCUGCCAAGUCAGAGGAGUGAAGAACAGACAAAACAAGCAUAUAAGAUGUUAUCUGACUGCUUCAGAUAUGGAAUGCAUACAUCUUCUUGUAGAGCCAAAAUGCUUGUGGAAUAUUUUGGCCAGGAGUUUGUCCAGAAGAAGUGUUUCUUGUGUGAUAUCUGUACUAAGGGGCCGCCGGAAGCGCAUAAUUUGAAGAAGGAGGUCACAAUUUUAAUGCAGGCUAUCAUAUCUCACAAUGGACAAAACAGGUUUCAAGAUGUCUCAUACAAUGACGCUAUAGAACCUGGUGUUAGUUGUAGGAGAUUUGUGGAGAAAUCAAACUUUAAGAGGCUCAUUAGCACAAUAAGAGAACAGCAUCACGAGUUCAUUUCAUGUGAUUUUUUGUGGUGGCGAGGUCUUGCCCGUGUUUUAGAAGAUAAAGGAUUUAUUAAGGAUGGAGAUGAUAAGGCUCAUGUUCAGAUAAAGUUUCCAGAACCAACAGAAUCAGGAUUACAACUGUUGAGAUCUGAGAACAGACCAUUUUAUGUUUAUCCAGAAGCUGAUAUGAUGCUGUCUAUGAGAAACCGCAAACCGUAUUCUAGUUUUGCAGAAUGGGGCAAAGGUUGGGCUGAUCCUGAGAUCCGCCGUCAACGGUUAGAGAGAAAGAGAGAGAGAUCAUGGAAAAGGCCAAAGGAAAGGAAGAUGGUCAAACCCGAUAUGAAAACAGUUCGAGGAAGGUUGGUUGCUAAGAUUCUAAAAAGGAGAUGACGAUUGAGGUUAGCUAUUAACUCAAGUCUUCCUUUUCCUUUUGGGGUCCAAGCACGUCAGAUUUAGACAUGUCUUUACUCACGAUCAAAUUUAUUUUGACCAUGAAGUGUAUGGUUCUUUUCUCUUGGAAACCAAGACUUGCUCAACCUCUUGAAUUCUUGAGUUUUGAUUGGGAAAGGGAAGGAGUUGCCACCAUCCAUUCUGAGGGUAACCAACUGGGGUAGGUUAAUUGAGGUGACUUGAGAUUUGGCGUCCAAUAUCAGAAAUCAUGACUUGAGAUUUGUAGCGCUUUCUGUAUUUUGAUACUUGUAAAUUUACGUGUUUUCUAAGCUGCAAAAUGAAAGCUAAUUACCAGAA